AUGAUAAAAAAGGUUUCAACUCAUCAGAUUUUACUAGAAAAUUACAUCGAUAUAUCAGAAACUGAUUUGUUGAAAUUUGGUAAAAAUUUGUUCAAUAACUAUUUAGAAGAGUUUAAAACAUCCACAAACAAUUGGUCAUUGGAAGAUCGACUGAAAGCAUGGCUGGACUGGACACUGGAAACGUCUGCAACUGAACAUUUUUUACAUUUCUCUCGAGUACAAGGCCGUGGUAGAAUCGCUGCUAUAUCAGUCGAAAACAAUUUAGUGUACAUGUAUGGACUCUACCCAAUAUCAAUUAAGCAUACGAAUGUAAAAGCUCGCACUGUUACAGCUUUCGAUAUAAAUAAAAAUUAUAAUAAGGAACUAACUCAAAUAUUUUACAUUGAUCUGAAUGAAAGAUUAAUGUAUAAACAGAGCGAUAAUGAUAGCUUUCAUAUUGGUGACGCUCGAGGAAUUUCUCACCUGUACGUACAUGGUGAACGACUAUAUGCAUCGGAUAACAACAACGUUUUAUAUUAUUCUGACGAUAUAAUUCCGCGUGUUAUAAACGAACUAGGAGUUUGUGAUUCUGGUUUUAUGAGUAUAAACAAUUCAUGCAUCAUGCUUGUCUCGAAUCAUGACAAACUUCGAGAUGCUAAAGAGGUGUGCGCUGCUGUUGAUGGGGUACUGUGGAAACGUGCAUCACGACCCCAAAAAAACUGCCAAAUGAAAUAUACAUCUGCAUUUGUACCUGAUUAUAACUUUGAAUUUUCUUCUGAUUUCUAUGGAUAUUCUUUUAAAACUGCAUAUCUUGAUUCUGCAGAUGGUUGGUCUGCCAAGACGAAUAGUAUUGGUCAAUGGAUCGGGAUAGAUCUUAAGAAAACAGUGAUUGUCUAUGGAUUUGUUACACAAGGACGUGCAACAAAAGCUGAAUUUGUGACUUCAUUCAAAUUUUCUUGUGACGGAAAUACUGUGAAGAAAAAUAAUGUUGACAUGAUAUUUCCAGGCAACUCUGAUAGUAACUCCAAAGUUGUGAAUUACCUUCCAGUGAGCUUACCCUGUCAAAGAGCUCAUGUUUUGCCCCAAACCUAUAACUGGUGGAUGAGUUUGAGGAUGGAAUUGAUCCAUGCAGACUGUCCCGUGGAAAAUGUACAUGGAUCAUCACAUCUUGGAACCAAUUGUGAAUUGAAAUAUACAUCAGCACUUGUAUAUGACUAUACUGUUAGUGUUUCAUCAGAAUAUAGUUUGAAUAGCCAUGAAGGUCUCUAUCUCGAUUCUACAGAUGGUUGGGCUUCUCUAAGCCGUGAUGUUGGACAAUGGGUUGAAAUUGAUUUGAAGAGAACAACCAUGGUUCACGGAAUUGUUACACAAGGUCGUGCAAUGUAUGAUCAGCAUGUAACUUCAUUCAAAUUUGCUUGUGACGGAAUUUAUGUGAAGGAUAAUAAUGUGGACAAGGUGUUCCUGGGAAACUUUGAUAGAAAUACAAAAGUUGUAAAUUUUCUUCCCGCAAGUUUAUCUUGUCAAACGGCUAGAGUUUUUCCUCUAACAUUUCACUCAUGGAUGAGCAUGAGAAUGGAAUUUAUACAUGGAGAAUGUUCAGUGAACAACUUCCCAGAUGAUCACACAUAUGCAUCCUCUAAGAUCCCCGUUACUUGCGAAGCAAGACUAGCUUCAGAACUAUAUCCUGGUUUCCUGAUAAGUGCUUCCGAAGACUAUAUUAAUGCUAAUGGAGCUAGUGCCAGACUCGAUGAAUGGGGCUGGGCUCUUAAAUACAAUCAUUCGGGUGCUUGGAUUGAAUUUGAUUUUGAACUUACUGUGGUAGUGCUUGGGAUUGUUACAAUUGGACGUGCUGGUGGAUAUCAACAAUGGGUUACAACAUAUAAAGCUUCAUGUGAUGGAAAUUCCAUUUUUGAAAAUGGACAAGAAAAGGUAUACCAAGGUAACACUGAUAAAAUCACAAAAGUUGUGAAUUAUUUGUCUGAGCCACUGUAUUGUCAGAAGUUCAGAGUCUAUCCUUUAACGGGGCAUAGUUGGAUGACUAUGAGAUUGGGAUUUAUGUUGGAAGACUGCAAAAACUCAGCAGGAGGAGAAUGGUUUAAUUUUGGUGGAAAAUAUGAAUAUUAUGUUUCCUCUGACAUGACUUGUAAAGAACUCGAAGCCACAAAAGUUGAAAUCAAUUCAAAACAGAAAGCAAAUGAAAUAUCUAGCAUGCUGAAGCAGCUUAUUGAAAAAUAUCCAGGUGAUUUUAUAUGGAGCGAAGUCCAUAAAACUCGACACACCAGCGAUUAUAUAUUUGAAAUUGGCCCAGGUUGGUGGACAGAUCUAGGUUGCUGGAAGGAUGUCCAAAAUGAUCGAGCAAUUCCAUCUGCUGAUGCAAAUCUUAUUACUGAUUCUGGGAAUCCUAAGCUUAGAAAAGAUGCCAUCAGAUUAUGUGCAGAGUAUGCAGACAGCAUGGGAUUUUCUGUAUUUGCCCUACAGGAUGGAGGAUCAUGUUUCACUGGUGUUAACGCUCACACUACAUAUAAUAAACAUGGAGAAUCAUCUGAAUGUAAAAAUGAUGGAGAAGGUGGAUAUUUGGCAAAUCAAGUUUAUAAAAUAAGAGAAAAUUGGCACACUUUGGGCUGUUGGGUAGAUUUCAACACUGAUCGAGCAAUUCCACCUAUGGAUUUCAACUUUGGAGAUGUAUAUGAUACAGGAGUUGAUGCAAUUAAAAAUUGUGCAAAAUAUGCUUUCGAUCAAGGAUAUUCUGUGUUUGCUAUGCAAAAUGGAGGAGAAUGUUGGACUAGUGCAAAUGCAGAAACUUCUUAUAAAAAACAUGGGCCAAGUACACAUUGCCAGAGUGAUGGACUGGGUGGCGUAUUGGCGAAUCAAGUGUACAGAUUUGCUGACAAUUGUUGCAAUAUCCCAAUUGGUGAUAGAAUAAAUUGUGGAUUUUCUGGCGUCACAAAAGCUAAAUCACAUGCAAUGGGCUGCUGUUUUUCAGAUUCUUUGUCUUAUUUACCAAGAGAAAAUUGUUGGAGUGAUUUUAAUUUGUUGGCUAAUACAACUAUAGUAGGAAGAAAUGGAACGCAAUACAAAAGAACAGAAAGGGGAUUAAAGUCUCGUUGUCUUGCCAUUGUGUUUAAUCCAAUACUUGGGGUUCAUUUUGCUCAUAAAACUUAUGAUUGUGCAUUGAAAUAUCCUGUCAUUUGUGAACGAGGCAUGUAUAAUGUAUAA